AUGUCGGUGAACGUCCGCGGGGGGUCGUCGACCCAGGUCGACCACCAACCGGAGGAGAAGGCGAAGGAAGAAGAGGAGGAAGUGGAGGUGGAGGUGGAGGUGGAGGUGGAGGUGGAAAUGGAAAUGGAAAUGGAGGUGAUCUUAGUCGUCUUCUUCGGCUUUAACGCCGAGUUGUCUUUUGCGCCAUUUCCAGACGGCAGUGGUGGCAGCCAUCACUUGCCUCCGUCCUUGAUACUCGUGCUGAAAACCCUGCAACUGUUCCGCAGUCAGCCGCAAGGCGCAACUCCGCAGCAGCUACAACUUCUGCAGCAGCAACAGCAGCAGCAGCAGCAACAGUACCUAGCCGCGUCCCAAGCGCAACAGCAACAGCAGCAGCAACAGCAACAGAACUUUCCUACGGCUCCUUACACCGUUAUCAGCGGUCAAGAGCCUUAUGUAGGGGCGCUGAUAGCUGGCGCACCCCCCGUCGUACCGCAGUACUAUGGUGUCGGGCCCUGGGUCUAUCCGGCCGGAUUGCUGCCGCAGGCACCACCCCAGGCGGCCGCGCCACCGCCACCUCGGCGACCGCUCACCCCUUCUUCGGCAGCGGCCGCGGCCGCCGCCGCGCAGGAUACCGCCAACAAUCUGGCACAAACGGUACAGGGUCAGUAUCAGGUGAUACCGGCUUAUUACGAUCAGAACGGUUCCAUCGUUAUGGGAGGCGUGCGCGGACUAAGUUCGGCGGCGACCCCUAUGAGAUUAGUUAGUCCUGCACCAGUUCUCGUGAACAGAGCCCCGUCUCAACCACCACCAGGUCCACCGGCACCACCACCGAACCUAUAUUCUCAACCGACCCCGACAUCGCAUAGCAACGCUACACCCGGCGAAUGCCUAGGUCUGGCGGCGUGCAGCGCAGCAGCGGUGGUCGCGCAAGCUCAGGCAGUUGCGGUGCAACAGGCGCAGCAGCAAGGUUCUGGACUUGCCGCGGGUUUAGCGGCUCUAGGAUACGGCGGCUCCCCGCUCGGAGCAUUGGGCUCGCCUGCCCAACUGCAGAAUACAGGUUUAGGCCUCGGUGCGUCUUCAACCGGCAGACGAGAUUCCUUUGAUAGAAAUACUUCAGCCUUCAGUCCAAGCUUGGAAUAUAGCCGGGCGAAGUGGCCUCAGAGUUACGGCGCCCUCGAUACAGGUACCUGGGACAGAGUGUAUUUAGCUACAAAUGCAGGUACUUCCUGCAAAGAAUAUACAGACACAGGUACAGUUACCGCGUCACCGAGUCCCUUGGGCCUGUCAUUAACACCACCGCCGACUUUAGGGGGAUCUCUGGGUGGUCUUGUCGGAGGAGCCAGUCGAGUAUCAGCAGCUCCUGGUGCUGAAGCCAAGUUCCGCGCCAGCGCGGUACCCACCCUAACAGCCAAUGGAGUGUUUGGCUCUAGUAGUUCUCUGUUUCCCAAUCUCGUAGGCAAGCCUGGCCGUGGAGGUGCUGCUAAUAUCAGCGAUAAAAAUUCCGGAGGACGAUCCCGCCUAUUGGAAGAUUUUCGAAAUAAUCGUUUCCCGAGUCUUCAGUUACGCGAUUUGGCUAAUCACAUAGUCGAGUUCAGUCAAGAUCAGCAUGGUUCGCGAUUUAUUCAGCAGAAAUUGGAACGAGCUUCGGCUAGCGAGAAACAGCUCGUGUUUCAAGAGAUCCUUUCCUCUGCAUAUUCCCUUAUGACAGAUGUCUUCGGCAAUUACGUUAUUCAGAAGUUCUUCGAAUACGGCACACAGGAACAGAAAUCGACUCUCGCCCAAAAGGUUCGCGGACAUGUUUUACCACUGGCACUGCAAAUGUAUGGCUGCAGAGUUAUACAGAAGGCUCUCGAGUCGAUCGGACCGGAACAGCAACAGGAAAUCGUACGGGAACUGGAUGGGCAUGUGUUGAAGUGCGUUAAGGAUCAAAACGGGAAUCACGUUGUACAAAAAUGCAUCGAGUGCGUUGAACCGCGAGCAUUGCAGUUCGUGAUAGGAGCUUUUGCGGGACAGGUAUACUCUCUGAGUACUCAUCCGUAUGGCUGCCGAGUGAUCCAACGUAUCCUCGAGCAUUGCACUCCUGAACAAACUCAAGGAAUCCUGCAAGAGUUGCACAAUUCCACUGACCAACUAAUUCAGGAUCAAUAUGGCAAUUACGUCAUUCAACAUGUGCUUGAACACGGUAAGCCAGAAGAUAAAGCGCAAUUAAUCAGCAGCGUUAGAGGCAAAGUACUCGCUCUUUCCCAGCACAAGUUUGCGAGCAAUGUCGUUGAAAAAUGCGUGACUCAUGCUACAAGACAGGAACGCGCUGUACUGAUUGAAGAAGUUUGCGGCUUCAACGACAAUGCGCUGAACGUGAUG